CUGCGGAAUCGAGGCGAUCGAGUGACGGUGACGGCUGGUCUGAUAAAGCCAAGGCCGGAUAAAUGUUUGUCUUUGAUAUUUUGGACAUUUAAAUUCAGCUCUGGCCGUUUUCUAGAGGAUUACAUCAAUCUGGUGAAGCCGAUCUGCAGGCUCUGUUUCCCUGAUCCUGCCUGUCAAAUCGUGCAGUAAAAAUGUCGUCGUCAGCAAUUUACUUCUUGGACAUAAAAGGAAAGGUUCUGAUCUCGCGGAACUACAGAGGUGACAUAGACCUCGGUGUGAUAGAAAAGUUCAUGCCUCUGUUGAUGGAAAAGGAGGAGGAGGGCACCCUGACUCCAAUUUUGCAAACCAAUGAAUGCACUUUUGCUUACAUCAAGUACAACAACCUUUACAUCGUUUCGACCUCUAAGAAAAACGCGAACAUCGCCCUAGUAUUCGUCUUUCUCCACAAAAUUGUUCAGGUUAUGAAUGAGUAUUUCAAAGAGAUGGAAGAGGAGAGUAUAAGGGACAAUUUCGUCGUUAUUUACGAGCUGAUGGAUGAGUUGUUGGACUUUGGAUACCCCCAAACGACCGAUAGCAAAAUUCUGCAAGAGUACAUUACUCAAGAGGGCCACAAGCUGGAAGUGCAGCCAAGACCACCGCUUGCAGUGACAAACGCUGUUUCGUGGCGCUCUGAAGGCAUCAAAUACAGAAAGAAUGAGGUCUUCCUUGAUGUUAUUGAAUCCGUCAACCUGCUGGCAAAUGCCAACGGGAACGUCCUGCGUAGUGAAAUCGUUGGUGCAAUUAAAAUGCGAGUUUACCUGUCUGGAAUGCCAGAGUUAAGGCUUGGUCUCAACGACAAAGUGUUGUUUGAGAGCACUGGUCGAGGCAAAUCAAAAUCAGUCGAAUUGGAGGAUGUUAAAUUCCACCAAUGUGUCAGGCUGUCAAGGUUUGAAAAUGACAGAACUAUCUCGUUUAUCCCUCCAGACGGUGAAUUUGAGCUGAUGUCUUACAGACUAAACACACACGUGAAGCCCUUGAUCUGGAUUGAGUCGGUGAUUGAGCGGCACGCUCACAGCCGCGUCGAGUACAUGAUUAAGGCCAAGUCGCAGUUCAAGCGACGCUCCACGGCCAACAACGUGGAAAUCAUCAUUCCUGUACCAGCUGACGCUGACUCGCCAAAAUUCAAAACGACCAUCGGCAGCGUCAAGUACGCUCCUGAGCAGAAUGCCAUCAACUGGACCAUCAAGUCAUUUCCGGGUGGAAAGGAGUACUUAAUGAGAGCGCACUUUGGGCUGCCCAGCGUCGAGAGCGAAGACUCGGAAGGAAAGCCUCCCAUCCAAGUGAAAUUUGAGAUACCCUACUUCACAACUUCAGGAAUUCAGGUCCGCUACCUUAAAAUUAUCGAGAAGAGUGGCUACCAGGCAUUGCCAUGGGUCCGAUACAUCACCCAGAACGGCGACUACCAACUGCGAACCAACUGAAAUACAAGCCCUUUUUGACACGAGAGACUUGAUUUGUAUUUUCGGUAUCAUGAUCGCAAACUAAAUAAAUAAUACUGUGUUAUAAUGUA